AUGAAGAGAAAAAAUUCGGUUUUCAUUUUUCCUAUUAAUUCUAGUACAUUUUUACGUUUAUCGACAAUAUCUUCAUCUAAUCAGGGAACGAUCAAGAUUACUGACCUUCCACUUGAUAUUUUCAUUGAAAUAUGUUCUCAUCUUCCGCCUAUGACACUUUUCUCAAUGAUGUGUGUUUGCAAACAAUUUCAUUAUUGGUUAUAUUCUACCACAUCAUAUAUUACCCGUGAUAUCUGGCGUAUUUCAAGACUAAAAUUUCUUGAAUAUUUACAACUUCAUCCACCUAAUCAGAUGGAUGAAAUUUCAUAUAUUAAGUUGGCAAUGUUACAGAAAGGAUGUCAAUUUUGUUCGAGUAAAAGAGAAACUCCUAAAAUUUUUUGGGCAUUUCGUAUUAGAAGCUGUAGGAAAUGUUUGGAACAAAGAAUUAUAUUUGAUGAGACUCCUUCGUGGGCAAGAACUCCUAUUGAUGUCACUUUAGUAUUACCUCAUGAACAUAUUAUUCCAUACGGUCAGAUAUUCAAAGUUCGUGGCUAUUUGACCAGUGAUGUAAGAGCUGCGCAUCGUGAAUGUAUUUCUAUACCUUCAGAAAAUAUAAUAGAUUGGAUCAGACACAAACAACAAUUAGCAACCGAGAUUAUAAAUGAUGCUGAAAUGCGUAAGAAAGUUGAUGAAGAAAUAUUAAUAACCAAAAUUAAAGAGAAUCGUAGAAUAUUUGAAUCUGCAAUUUCAACUUUAUUAAAUACAAAGGAUGGAUAUGGUCAUAAAAAGUAUAUAGAAAAAUAUAUUAUAAUUUUACCAUCUUAUAAAAAAGCAAAGGAUGGACUAUCGAAACCUUUUAUGACAAGUCCUUGGUCAAAUUUAUUGGACAAUAUGAAAUCUGAAUAUUUCAAGUUAAUGAAAUUAAAACGUCGUCGUCAGAUCAUUAGCACACUUCUAUCUAUUAUAACUUCUCAUGAUACAAUUUCUUCAAAAAUUACUUUAUCUGAUCCAAUUGUCGAUUGUAUUCAUUGGUGUCCUUCUUUUAUAAAUCCUCCAUAUGUUAAUGAUGAUCCUUUUAUUCCAUGGUCAAAGGAAUUUUUGGUUGAAACAUUAAUUAAACGAUUACGAAAAGAAGCAAGAUCUUUGUUAAAGAAUAAAAAUUUUUUACGUCCUGGACCAUUCACAAGUGUACAUGGAGCAAAAAAUCUUUUCUCUUGUUUAUAUUUAGACGAAAAAUCAUAUAGAUGCAAAUUAUGUUGGAGCGAUUUUACUACAUCAUAUACUUAUAAAAAAAUUUACAUUCAUCUAAUAAGUUGUCGAUGGGGACGUUCAAUUGAGAAUAUUGAUGAGGAAAAAAUGAUUGAAGUUGAUAGAUCUGUUGUUCAUAAGUAUAUUCCGCAAUGGUUUAAAUAUUUUAAUGUUGAAAAAUAA